AUGUCCACCAUAAAACGGAAUGCGUCGAGCAUAGACGAAAUAAGUGCACCCGAGCCAGAUCCCAAGCGUCAAGCUGUCGACCGUCAUCCCGAUGUCAAGAAUCUAGCCUAUCCUCCGACUACUGCUGUGGCCAAGCCAGCACCAUUUCAGCGGCCAUCCGCACUUUUGACGUUCUCCUAUACUCCAUCUCGUACGCUCGAAUUCAACGAUUCUGCACUACGAUAUUACAUCGAUCCUCCCAGGGGCGCCAAUUUGAGGUAUGGGUACGAGAGAUGGGUAAAGCGGCCUGAGGAGAAAGGAAGGCUCGACGGACUGCUCAAGGCGCUCUCGAGUCAUCUCUCUCGUUUAGGCUCAACGGAGAGCGAAGGAUGGAAAUGGCUCAAUGAUAUUGGCGUCGUCUCUUGGAGGGGGGUGAUGACCAAGAUAUUGACAGCACCGUAUGAGGACCGAGAUGCCUGGGAGAUGAAUGUCAUGGAAGUCCACGGGACUCUAUACUUGGAAGAGCAUCUAUCUGCCGCAAGACUUGCAGAAAAGGAAGACAUGACGCCAAACCACCGCCUGCGAUCGUACUAUGGCUACUCAUUCGAGUCGUGGUGCACCUCAUCUAUGCCGCGUACACAAGAAAAACUCGAAGGGCACCCUCCGGGUUGGAGCGGCGAUGUCGACACCAAUGUUCAAUGGUGUAGCGUGGUGAAGACAAAGCUGGCGGACACCAGGAUGGUCAUAGGCGGCGAGGUUGACUGCGUGCGAGGCCAGUUCAAAGGUGGAACGGACAACUUUGUUGAGCUCAAGACCUCCAUUACAAUACGAGGGCCACAGGAUGAGGCGAGAUUUGAGAAGAAGCUGCUCAAGUUCUACUUCCAAUCAUUCCUCCUGGGUGUUCCUGAAAUCAUAGUCGGGUUCCGGACGCCUUCGGGACAGCUCAGUACGUUGCAGACUUUCAACACAAUGGAAAUCCCGCGACUCAUCCGGAACAAGCCUGGCGCGUGGGAUCCCAUACGCUGUCUCGACUGGGGAAGUCAAUUUCUGUCAUUUUUGCGAUCACUCACGCAAGCAGUACCCCCGUUAUCUGCUGAAGCAGAGCAUACGAGGAAUGAUCAGGAGGUCGAGGCCAUAGCGUCCCUGGAGACGGGCCCACGGGUGUGGAGGGUCAAAUUCGAGCCGCGCGUAGGCGUCUCGGCUUGGCUGCUCGAUGAGGAUGGCGUACUUGAAGUCGAAGCAGGCGAAGAUAGGAUCGGCUUCCUUCCUCGCUGGUAUUGGGAUGACGUGCAGAGACAUGGAGCAAGUUUUGGUGAACGCUCGGACGGAGAACAGGAGGAAACGGUAAAGCUUAGAUCGGACGUGGGCGAACCGCAAAUACCUCCGGGCUGGAAGAUCUAA